GCACUUCACAAAUUUGUAUUCACAGCCAGGAUUCGCUACCUCAUGUAAUUACACGUGCACAAAGGGCUCUCGAAGUGUCAUUAUGCCCUACGACGAUGGAACACCAUGUUUGCACCCAGAUUCCAAAGAACUUCAAGCUGGUCCCGCUGGCAUCUGCCACAAGGGAACGUGCCGUCUGAUCUACAAGCCAACACCCGGAGAGGAUCAAGAAAUGCACCCAGGAGCGCUACUUCGUUGCCCAGAGAAGGAGCACACAGGAGAAAGUAUUCUGCCGAGAUGUUACUACUACUGCAAUCAAAAUGGCACUUGGUAUGCUGGCCUUUAUAGCAGUAGGCCUUCAAGUUCGUGCAAGAUGAGGCAACCAAUAAAAGGAUUGCCACAUGGAUGGUGCUGUCGAGGCGACUGCAUUAACAAACCCUAUUGCCAACCAUAACUUCGCCAUCAAUCAAGAACGUUUCAAAAACUGAAAUCUAAGAACUCCUCUGGGUGACAGAACAGAACAAUCAGU